GUUGGAAUGUCCGCUGUUUGUCGUGGGGUAGGGCACAGAGGGAGCAUACCUGUAGGCCGUCGCGAGACUUAUAAGAAUAGUCUCGCUGCUGUGCUUCGACGAACUGGUUGUCUUGUCUAGUGUUUACCCCUAGCCACACACUACCACUCUUUUGGAUCCAACGAGUAAGUGGUGGUUCUGACCAUCUUCCUGGGUUGUCCUUGUUGACUGACUUGACUGCCUCUAGGUCGAAAGGCUUUUAGCCAUUCAUUCUACUGCCCAUUAAAAGAAAAGCCGCUAUCCAGGGCUCAUACAUUCGUUUGAUUGCUUCAAGAUGAAGAGUGUUCUUGUCAUGUGCGGCCUGCUGGCCUCGUCCGUUGUCGGACAUAUCCAAAUGUCCAAGCCGUAUCCGAUUCGCAGCCCGUUGAACCCGGAUGGAGAUGAGUCUAAGAAGGACUACUCGUACACAAACCCUCUGUCCACCAGUGGUAGCGACUACCCUUGCAAGGGGUACGCCGGCGACGCCUUCAAGUCGGUGGCCACCUACUCGCCUGGAGGAGAGUACGAUCUGGAACUGCAGGGGAGUGCCACGCACGAGGGCGGUUCCUGCCAGGUGUCUCUCUCCUACGACAGCGGGAAGAACUUCCAGGUCAUCCACUCGAUGAUCGGCGGAUGUCCGCUGACGGAGAGCUACAAGUUCUCGAUCCCCUCCGACGCCCCGGGCGGCGAUGCGCUCCUGGCCUGGACCUGGUUCAACAAAGUCGGCAACCGCGAGAUGUACAUGAACUGCGCGCAGGUCACCAUCGGCGGGUCCGCGUCCCGGAAAGAGACCACUCGCGAGGUGAACGAGAAACGCAACGCCCUCUCGUACAAGAGCGCGCCGCCGGUCUUUAUUGCCAACGUUAACGGGCCCGGACAGUGCACGACCAUCGAGGGCGACGAAGUCAACUUUCCCCUGCCCGGAGACUCGGUCGAGGGCUCCGGUUCGGGCCAGGGCUACACCUGCACCGGCUCCGCUGCGUUCCUGGGCAGUGGAUCCAGCUCCCAUUCCACCAGCACCUCGAACAGCGGUAGCACUUCAUCCGGAACCGGUGCCUCUGGCAGCAGCAGCAGCAGCAGCAGCAACAACAACAGCGUCGUGGGCGGCACAUCCGCCCACUCUUCUUCCCAGGCAUCAACCCCCGCACCGUCCUCAUCGAAGAUGGCCUCGCAAUCCGCCACCCCUGCAUCCUCAUCAGCCGCCGCCUCCAGCAAGGUGGCAUCGAGCUUCGGCUCCUCGUCCGCGAAGACGGUGCCCCUCCCCACCUCUGCAUCCGACGGUUCGAGCGAUCGGUUCGUCCCCGGUGGGCCUUGCGUGGACGGGGCGAUCAUCUGCGGACCCGGCGGCAAGACCUGGUCGUUGUGCAGCAACGGACGUCCAGUUCACAUGGGAGCUGUAGCAGCGGGGACGUACUGCGACCACGGCGUGAUCGGCGGGCUGUACUAGCCAGCAUUCAGCAACCAGGCAGUACCUCUCUACUUCCCUUUCUUUUUUUUUUUUUCCCCUUUCCUUCUCAUCUCAGUCUAGUCCAUUCCUCUCUGUCGUUGUAAAGUCCAGGGUCAUAUAUGUGUGUGUGUAUGUUUGGGGAAGGAUUUCCAGAGUCCACCGGACAGACGGACGGUCAGACCAGUGCUCUCGCUCCUGUUUGUUGUAUUUCCUUUUUUCGUUGUAUUUUUAUGUCCACUCACGAGCAUACCCUUCCUUCCUGUCUUCUUUCUUCCUUUCCUUCCUUCUCUUCUCGAUUCUCGAGUCUCGAUCACCGGUUUUUGUGGCUUUGGAUUUGUCAAGUACUUUG